AUGAACUUUAAGUUAUCAUUUAAUAUAGUGGAAGUUGAACUUAAAAUUAAACGAUUUAUUGGAUAUCAAACUUCAUUAAUUGAAUCUGAUGAUUUUUAUGAAUUAACUAAAGAAGAGGCUCUUCAAUUGGUCAAAUCAAAACCAAAAGAAUUUAAAUUUAGAGAUGAAAUAACUGAAGAAGAACGAUUACAAAAAUUAAUUGCAUUACCAAAAACAAUGAUUAAAUUUAAAUUACCUGAUGGAACUGAGUUAAUUAGAAAAUUUAAACCCAAUCAAACUGUUGAAGAUUUAUAUAAUUUUAUAAAGGAAAUAUGUAUUGACAUACCAUUUCUUUUAAGAAAACCGUUUAGUAAAAACAAUUGGGUUAUUAAUGAUGACACUCCUUUAUACAAAUCUAAAUUAGUUCCAUCUGGUGUUCUUUGUAUUGUUUUUCUUACUAAAGAUAAAAUUCAAUCUCCUUUUAUUAAAAAAGAAGUAUUACAAUUAUAUUAUAACACCAUAAAUGAAAGUAACUUUUAA